CCUGGUGAAACAUUCAUGCCGGUGUGCACAGGACUCUUGCUCAAGCCAGAAUUUGCAUAAGCACUGUUACAUCCUACUGGAAAUAGGCAAAUUGUGCUUUAAACUUAUUUCAGUGAGGAAUAUUUACCUACUGACGUAAUUCACUAGAGUAUACACAUGUACAGAUAUGUUAGCUGUCCGUCAUAUACAUACAUAAGUGCUAAAUAAACGUAUUGAUUUUGAGACUAAAACCAUGAACUCGAGUACAGUUCCAAACUAGAUAAGCACGUGUGGGCAUGGUCAAUUUCGUCAUGCUUUUUGAAGCUGGACUAGAAGUCAUGAUUUUGAACCUGGAACUACUAGCUUUGUUUGGAUUCAAACCAUUUUUCUACGAUCGAGAAAAAAAUAAAUUUAUACGUUGCGAUCAUGACAAUCGAGUUAAAAUUAUUCUUAUAUCAGGCACAGUUGCUGCUCUUGUGAUUAACGGGAUUCAUACGACAACAUUUUCCCAAGGUCUUACUUCAACGAAGAAAGCAUUUAUUGGCACCUUUGUGCUAGGUUAUUGGACAGCAUGUACGGUCGCGAUGCCGGUGUUGACUGUCUGUCAGAGAUACGUGGACUUGUUAAAUAUGAUGAGAUUCUUUGAGUCGGGAUACUUUAAGCAGCUCGGAUGCUCUUCCAAACGCGUCAGGUGGUGGAAAUUCCGAGUACAGCUGUGCAACUUGGCGGCUACUAUAGUAUCAUUCUUCGCACCUGUUGCAGGAUUUGGAAUUAUGAGUUAUGAAGCAAAAAUUCCCACAUUUCUUGGAUCAAUCUCGGUAAAUAUGGAGUCAAGUUGGGCACACUUGAUGGUUUUCGUGGUUUUCUUUGUGUUGCAAGCUUUCAUGUGGUGCGUCGUUCCAGUCUCCUUCUGUAUCAUGGUUGGGUCCAUGUGUUGCGGAACAUGCGUAUCCAUGGCAGGAUAUCUGUCUUGCUUAAAUAAGUGGGGUUUGCUAAUAAAUCAAUAUAUUACCGCCCUCUGUUUAUUUGGCUACAAUUUAACUGUGCUCAUGCCAUUAUGCCCAUUAAAAAUAUAUAUUUGUAUCACCUUACAGCUCUAACAAAUUUUCGAACAAUCUGGCUAACUCAUUGACUCUGUACAAACAACUAUCCGUCCUCGUUGGACACAUGAACCUUUGCUUCCGCGGGCUGGUUCUCCCCACCAUUUUAAUGUACAGCAUCUCCGUAAAUAUCUUAGGAACGUAUCUCUGCGUGAAAUUAAAUGGUCAAUUGUUUGCCAACGUGGGAAAUGUUUUGUUUCCCUUGCUGGCGUUUGAAACAUUUCUUCUCAUCAUGGGUCUUGGAACAACAGCGGGAUUCACUAACAAGACAUCCAUCCGUAUGGUAAGGAAAAUGAGGGUAGCUCUGCUAAAGAAAAAUCUGGGAAAUCAGGGCUACAUUAGGCGGAUGAUUAAUGCUUGUAGUCCCAUGAGGAUCCGGUUUGGGAGUAAUUUUAUCGGAAUGUCGACCCCGCUUGUAAUGACUUGCUUUUGCUUGAAGUCUUUGGUGCGGUUGCUCCUUUUGUUUUAAUCGGAUUUCGUCAAAAUCAGGUUAAAUUUUCAGUAAAGUAAGGUUUUUGUUUUUCUAUUUCCCACUAAUUUUUUAUUUGGUUGCAGUCAACAUUAUGAAUAUAUUGCGAAAAGAGGAAAAACAGUAUAUGCAAAUAAAGUAGCCGAAAUUUACAAUACAUAAAAGUUAACUGGUAUUGGAUUUGUUGUUUCGUAUGUAUCAAGAGUAAAAAAUAUUUAUGUAUGUGUUCAAAAUAUCAUAAUCUCCUUUGAUACAUGCAAAUAUCAAUGUGCACAACUAUGCGAGUACAUAUAUAUAUAUAUACAUAUGUAUUCGCUUUAUUUAUUUGGAUAUUUACAUAUUAUUUACGUAUUUGGUACAACUUAUAGCUGUCCAAAGAGUGCAAAUAUAUUAAAGGCUAAAUUAUGCUGGGACAAAUGUUAAGUACGUAAUUCAUAUUUGUUUAAAAUUUAUACAUACGUACCACGAAAACUAAAAUGAAGACUUAUCACUUUAUUAUCUGCAAUUGUAUCCGUAGUUUAAUACUAAAUAAAACAAUAUUUUCAUGCGAAUUCAUGUAAAUAA